GAGUCCAGUGAGUGUCGGUCGCGUUUUGUUCCCGGACCUGUUCAAGGGCGUUGGUGGUUACACACGCCCGGGACCGCGGCUACUGCGGCGCGAUCUUCGGGUUCCACAGCCAAAAGGCCGCAACAGGAAAGGAUGAGCGGAAGCCUGGGAAAGGUGAUGUGCCUGAGGAGCAGUAUUGUUUUUAAGCCGACGUUUUCCCUCUUCAGAGUCAGCACUUCAGGAGAGAAUCCCAUUUAUUCUGCAGGUGGCAUUCUACUGAGCAUCAAUCGACACUAUAAGACAAAACCCACCCAUGGCAUUGGACGAUACAAGCACCUAAUAAAAGCUCAGGAGCCCAAGAAGAAGAGGGGAAAAGUAGAAGUGAGACCCAUUAAUCUGGGGACAGAUUAUGAGUAUGGGGUUUUAAACAUUCACCUGACUGCCUAUGACAUGACCCUGGCAGAGAGCUACGCCCAGUACAUUCACAACCUCUGCAACCAUCUCUCCAUUAAGGUCGAAGAAAGCUACGCAAUGCCAACCAAAACCACAGAGAUACUGCAGCUGCAGGAUCAAGGCAACAAAAUGUUCCUGGACGCAGUCCUUACUACGCAUGAGCGAGUGGUUCAGAUCAGCGGUCUGAGUGCCACAUUUGCAGGCAUCUUCUUGGAAAUAAUCCAGGGUAAUCUUCCUGAAGGAGUCAGAUUGUCCGUGAGGGAGCAUACCGAAGAAGACUUCAAGGGACGGUUCAAAGCUCGGCCAGAACUGGAAGAAUUACUGGCCAAAUUGAACUAGCUAUUGUGCAUGCUUCCAUGCCAGCACAUGAUGGCAAGUGCCAAGGAGAGGAGCUUCCUGAGCAUCAGAGCUAGGCAGGAGCACCUGAUCCCUAAUUACCCAUUCCUGUAGCCAGGAGUAUCUCCUCUCCCAUUGGUGUACUUGCCAGUUCUCAACACUUACUGCCAAGCUAACCCUCAAUGUCCUUCAUUUAAUAAAAGUCUGUCAUCAUUUGU